CCAGCGCUACCAGCACAUCCUCCUCGCUGGACGCCGCCAGCAAUUGGCAUUGCACCCGUCGACCCCUUUUGCGCCUGCAUUAGAGGCGUAGUGCUGUGUUCCGCGACUUAGUGAUCUGGCGGGUCGAAGGUUGGCCGGGGUGUUCAAGGGAUAGGUACUGCAGAGCAACCCAAAUCUGCUGUGCCGCUAUCUGAAUGUUGCCCUUACAUUCAUCAUCGCCGAAAGGGAAGAUGCAUCGCCAUGCAUAUUCGAACGGGGCUUAUCCUUCGCAAGGAAGCACCUUUUCAAUUCAACCUCACAAAUUCCAACCUCGGUCGCAACCAGCGCUUAGGCGGCGGAGGCAACUUAUCCAACGCCUGCUGCUUGCAGGCUCGCUCCUCCUCACAGCAUUCUACUUCAUCUUCCCCGAUUUGCGACCGAACCUAGGCUCCGGCCCUCUUAGCUACCUGACCUCGAGCGAAGACUCUCAGCUCGAGACUGUGCGAUACUACGACCUCAACAAUGUGCAAGGCACUGCAAGAGGGUGGGAGAGGGAAGAAAGGAUAUUGAUUUGCGCCCCUCUUCGAGAUGCGUCGCCGCAUUUGCCAAUGUUUUUCAGUCACCUGCAGAACUUGACAUACCCGCACAACCUCAUCGAUCUGGCGUUCCUUGUUGGAGAUUCGAAGGACAACACCAUUGCGCUGUUGACCGAGAAGCUGGAGGAGCUGCAGGCCAACCCAGACCCCAAGAAGACUUUUGGCGAAAUAUCGGUCAUGGAGAAGGACUUUGGGCAGAAAGUCAACCAGGAUGUUGAGUCGCGUCACGGGUUUGCAGCGCAAGCUAGCCGUCGUAAGUCGAUGGCACAGGCGCGCAACUGGCUUCUCAGCGCGGCCCUGCGACCCACUCAUAGCUGGGUAUACUGGAGAGACGUCGACGUUGAAACUGCGCCGUUCACUAUUCUUGAGGAUCUCAUGCGACACAACAAGGAUGUCAUUGUACCCAAUGUAUGGCGACCGCUCCCCGACUGGCUUGGCGGAGAACAACCCUACGAUCUAAAUUCUUGGCAAGAGUCUGAGACCGCUCUCGCGCUCGCUGACACGCUCGAUGAAGAUGCUGUUAUCGUCGAAGGAUAUGCAGAGUACGCUACCUGGAGACCUCAUUUGGCUUAUCUCCGCGAUCCCUACGGUGACCCAGACAUGGAGAUGGAGAUUGAUGGAGUUGGUGGUGUCAGUAUCCUGGCCAAAGCGAAAGUCUUCCGUUCGGGUGUUCACUUCCCUGCCUUCAGUUUCGAGAAGCACGCUGAGACUGAGGGCUUUGGCAAGAUGGCGAAGCGCAUGAAGUUUUCUGUCGUUGGACUGCCCCACUACACGAUUUGGCAUCUUUACGAGCCCAGUGUCGACGACAUUCGACACAUGGAAGAAAUGGAGAAAGAGCGCAAAAAGAAGGAAGAAGAGGAAAAGGCCAAAAAAGAGAAGGAGGAGAAGAUGCACGCGACGUUCGACACUAAAUCAUCUGAGUGGGAGAAGGAGAAGUCUGAGGUUCAGGACCUUGUUCAAAAGGCCAAGAACGAGGAGAAGGCUCGCGCUGAGCAAGAACAGGCCAAGAAGGAAGGCGACAAGGCUCAAGCUCAAGCCCCAGAAGAAAAGAAGGAGCAAAAGAAGGAGGAUGCUUAGAAACUGAUCGUACGUUGCUCCUUGGGCUUUCUAAGCACGGAAAAGAUCUAAUGACAUAUAGCAGCACUUUUUAAGUUUGCGAGCCUCAGACUGAGCUCGCU